CACUGUAGUAGUAGUAAACACUUGUUCGGCGCGCGAGCUCGCCUGUUACGUCAUUAACCAUUUGGGAUACUAUUCCUUUUUUUUUUAUUAUUAUUAUUUUAUUUACUAUUAUUAUUAACUUUUUUUUUUUCGUCAAAUUCAAAUUAUUUUUCUUAUUACAUUUUUUUUUUUUAUUAUUAAAUUCGAAAUCGUUUUUUUUUUUAUCAUUUAUUUCGACGAUCGUUUUUUCGCGCGUACGUGUUUGUCCGCUUAAAAAACGCAACAUUUUUUUUUUUUUUAAUCGCGUCCCGUUCGAUCGAUUAAAAACAACAAUAAUUAUUAUUAUUACACACAAUGACCGAGCACAGCUGCCGUCAACAGGUACGAUUAUUGUUCGUCGCGCACGACACUGUGGUUUCGGCGACAAUCCGGCAUCCGGAUGUCUUUGGAAUGUGAAAAACAAUGCCCCGAAAAAGAUUGCCGGGGGAGCCCCCAGUCAACAGCAAGAUAAUUGACGAUACCACAGGGAUCGACAUGAGUCCCAGUCACAACGAACACAAAAAUGUCAUAUGCCGUACAGACAAAACGGCGCCGCCCGCGGCUCCGCUGACGACGGGCAACUACUUGCAUAAAAAAUUCAAAAAAGUUGCCACGGCCGACGACUAUUCCGCCGACGCCGUGGUCGCCGCCACGCCCGCGUUGCCCACAGACGAGUACGGCGUGGAAGGCGUCUGGCGGCACAAGUGUCCCUACUGCAAGACGGUGUGCACCAAGCCCAGCGCGUUGGCCAAACACUUGCAGGUGCACUCGGACGAACGGCCGUUCCCGUGCGACACGUGCGGCUUCGCGUUCAAGACCAAGAGCAACCUGUCGAAACACUGCAAAUCGCAGUCGCACACCGAAAGGCUGGCCAAAGAGGAACCGCCGCCGGAAGAGGUUGCGGCGGCGGCCAAACCGAAAAUAUACAAACCGAAAUUCCGCACGGCCUCCCUGUACGCCAAACCGCCGGAAGACGACGCGCUCUGCAACGACGCCGAGCCGCCCGCCCAACGGACACCGGAAGCGGUGCGGCGGCCGCCGGUGCUGCAGCAGCCGCUGCCGCUCAGCGCGCCCAAGUACGACGCGACCCAACCGUUGAACCUGUCCGUGACGGCGGUAAAGCAAAAACGCACGGAAAACGGCACCGGCGUGCCGGCCGAAAACGACCGGCCCGAAUUGAAAGGCGUUUACAAACUGUUGUUGAAUCAGAUUGUCAAUUGCAACGGCGGCGUCGGCAGCAACAAGGUUCGGCCGGUUUGCAAAAUGUGCGGCCUCAAGUUCAACAGCCACGAAGACCUGGCCAGGCACGUGUGCGACACGAGCCCGUCGAAUUACAAACCGCACGACUCCAAGACUGUGGCCAUGCCGCUGCCCUCACCCGGCCCGCUGCUGGGCCGUACGCCCCUAGUCGAAUUCCACAGGUCCAACGAGCCGGCCGACGUAUCCGCAAAGCCGGCCGUGUUCGUACGGAUGGACGACCUAGGACAGCAGCAGCACGGCAUGUUGGCCAUUUUGCAAGGCGGAAGGGCCAUACCGUUUGUGCCUGGAAUGCCGGGCCCGCAUACGGCUUUGCCGCCGCCGCCGCACCAGAUCCGGCACCAGUACGACGCCAAGCAGACUGAACCUCCGCCCUCGAAAAAAACAAAACUGGAAGACGAAUACGUUAUAUCCACUUCACACCAGAUCACUACUACUACUUCGGUAACUACAAGUACAACGAUGGCCCAAAAAUUUGUACGACCAACAUCACUGGCGUUCAAACCCGGUACCUUCAGUACAAACCGGAUGUUGCCUGUUGUCAGUCCGGACACGCCGAGACCGAAGAAAAGUUAUCAGCAACUCUAUUUGAAUGGUCACGCUUACACGUAUCUGGGGCUUAAAUGUUCUACCAGGGUAUUUUAUUGUACACUCACCAAAUGCCAACCGACGUACACAAUCCUUCCAGAAGUCAAUAACAUAUCUAUGUACUCUAACUGGAAGAUCUGUACCGAUGUGGGGAAUAACGUGUUGGGUGUUCGAGGUAUGGACUUGUACGAUUCGAGUCAGCGAAACAAUAGGUAUACUCUGGCAGGUCAGUCUCACGACUACAUGGUUGCUCAUUCUUCCUACAAACAUCAGAAGGCUUCGGACAAGUCGAACAAAGUGGAAAUCCCUUCGGCCGGUAAACUGAAAAUAUGUCCUGGUGGUUUCGAGUCAAAUGAAGACUACGUGUACGUAAGGGGCAGAGGUCGGGGACGAUAUGUUUGUGCUGACUGCGGAAUUCGCUGCAAAAAACCGUCCAUGUUAAAGAAACAUAUCAGGACUCAUACUGAUUUGAGACCUUAUACUUGUACACAAUGCACAUUUAGUUUUAAGACAAAGGGUAACCUGACUAAGCAUAUGAAAUCCAAAGCCCAUUUCAAGAAGGGAGUUGAGCAAGAUCUUAAUCCAUCAUCGUCGGAUGAAGUAAAACAGCUGGAUUCUGAAGACAUGGAAGACUAUUCAGAAGACAACAUGGACGAAGAAGAUGAUAUGGACGAGGAUGAAGAUGACGAUGACACUUUGGACAGGCUUGGUUGGCGUAAAUCUCAAUCCGAUUUUGAUGCUGCUCGUUCUUUGUUGAGGCUAUCUCAAGUUUGUCCGUCUCAAUCGCCACAAACUAAUCACGCAAAGGCGGGCAUUCUACCUUACGACCAUCGACCGGUAUCGUACCCAUAUCAAUCUCCUUUGCCACAAACUGAACCUGAGGUCCAAACAAAUCAUCAACAAAUCGUACCUGUAAAACCAGUCAGUCAAUCUCUGCAGUCUAGUAACUAUUCAGCGGUUUCGACCAGUCACCCGUUGACUGUUCCCAACACUAUGCCCGUAACUGUGCAAUCCACUGCUACAGAUUUAAGACAGUUUAAUUCUAUACCAAAUAACGGUCAAAAAGCGAUGGGCAACAAACCUAUGGAUUUAUCACGUUUCGCAGGAAAUAAAGAAGUAGAACACGCUACUAAAACGCCAACAAUCGUAUCGCCUCCGAAAAAGCCAAAAGCACUGUUUAGGCAGCCUACAACAAAUGGCCCAUCACAGAAAUAUACUAGUAUUUUGGAAGACGGCCGAAGCAAGUGUAUGGUAUGUGAUAAAGUUUUCAAUAAACCUAGCCAACUACAACUGCACAUAAACAUACAUUACUUUGAGCAACCAUUCCGAUGCGAACCGUGUAAAGAAUCAUUCCGCACUAAACAUCUCCUACAAAAACAUUUAGAUUCCAGCUCUCAUUUAAACAAAGUGAACACCAUGUCCACUCAAAGUGCGGUCGUCAAAAACCCAAGACCAUUCGAGUGUGCCGAUUGCCAAGUGGGUUUUCGAAUUCACGGACAUUUAGCGAAGCAUUUGCGUUCAAAAAUGCAUAUACUUAAGUUGGAGUGUUUGGGGAAGAUACCGUUUGGAACUUACGCAGAAAUUGAACGAUUAGGAUUAAAUCUGAACGAUAUAGAUACCACAGAUUGUGACAGUGCACUGAAGAGUUUACAAGCCAGCCAAAAGGCCAUUUAAAUGAUCUUCACACCGAUGUACACUAAUGGUUGAUGACCAUUUGGGAAUAUAUUAAGCGCUCAACUUGAUAAAAGACUGACUUCUAGAGUUAUUUUUAUUUUUUAUGUUCUAACAUCUAGAAAACUGUGAUAAUGAGACUUAUAUUACAACAUUGAAAGAUAAAAAAAAACAUAAUCACAGACACUAUUGAGCGUCAACAUGUUUUACCCAACAUGUCAUUAGUUUUUUUUUUUUUUUUUAUGUCUUGUUUUGUAUACAUAUAUUAUAUUGAAUAAAAAAAAAUGGGUUAAAAUUUGGUAUGUAAAAUGAUACGUAAAUGUAAAUAAUAAGUUAAAUUAUAUUUUUACUAUAUUUUUCAGUAAAAAUAUAACCUAUUGUGUUUGGUACGAUAUUGUAUAUUAUUAUACAUGUAAAAAAAAAAAGGGUAAGACAAUAUUGUUUUCGGUCUUUUUAGCCUGGUAAAAUGUGUCAAUUUUCUUUCUCGUAAUGAUCUUCCUCGACUUUUAUUGUUGUAUUCGUAUUUUUGUUUUGGUUUUUAUCAGUUAGAAGAAUUAUAAGUGUAAAUUAUUAUUAUUUGUAAUAUUAGGUGCCUAUUUAGAUUAAUAUUGUACUUUUUAUG